AAAGAUAUAAAACCGUAUCCUUACGACUCCCAUAAACUGUUGUUAAUUGUUUAAAAUGCGAUCAGGAUAUUUGAGCAUUAUUCGCUGAAGGUGUUCUAUCUCCCCCCACCCUUAUACUAUGUUUAUAUAUGUUACAUGCAUACGAAACAACCAACCGUAUAACUUGUAUCUUUUUUUUUCUAUUUAUAAGUCAGAUACAACGACCUUGGGUGUUGGGAGGAUACGAUUAACAGAGCUAUUCCAACUUUAGAAGGAACAGAUCCGACUCUUAUGGACAACUACACUACGAGAACCAAUCCCAUCCUAAAGUGCGCACGUGUGGCUUUGGCAAGAAAUUACAAAAUAUUCGCUAUACAGGAUGGUGGUUGGUGUGCUAGCUCUGCUAAUGCAAGGACAACGUACAAGAAAUACGGUAGUUCUGCAGCUUGUGCAGCUGACGGAGAAGGCGGGCAAUGGGCAAAUCAAGUCUACGAAAUUAUUGGUAAGAUGGUGUCUGGACAAACUGAAAUAGAAGUCGCUUCAAACAAACAAGUGGCGUAUUGGAACGUAAUGUACAACACAUGUCUGUCGGCUUUUCCUUACGAGGCUAGCGCCACAGCAACACCAAGCGAUCAAAGUUUCCGGCAUAGAUUCAAUGCUACCAUCGUCGACAUACAAAGAUACAGCGUGCUUGUGAGAUUGAAACGAACCGACCAAGAUACGGGAUGGGAUAAAAUGGCCAUAACAGUGAACUGGGUGUUGUAUGUACCCAUCAUGUAAUUUAUUACCGUCUAUAUCUUUGUACAAUAGUAUUUUUAAAACAAUAUUGCAUCUAUUGCAUUUUACCCGCUGAUUAAAAUACGUGAUGGACACGCUCUUAUUUAUAUUAGUGGUGGCCUUACUACAGGAGUUCACCAAGACUUGUAUAUCUCCCCCCAUCCUACUAUAAUACUAAAAAAUAUGAAGCAUCAAACUGUAAA